GAGAGAGAGAGGGGAGAAGAGCGUGCGAUGGAGGGAGGGAGAGAUAGGAGAGAAUUCUGCUGAAAGGAAGCAUUUUUAGUGGAUGGGAUAAAACACAACCAUGGAAACUACAUCAGAAGAGAACCGAGAGCAGAGCCAGGAGAAAAAAGGUUGCUUCGAGUGCUGCAUCAAGUGUCUGGGCGGGGUGCCGUAUGCAUCGCUGGUGGCCACCAUCCUAUGUUUCUCCGGCGUGGCCCUGUUCUGUGGCUGCGGCCAUGUGGCCCUCACCGGCACCCUUACCAUCCUGGAGAACCACUUCUCCAAAGUCACCUCUGACCACGCCAUGCUGACCGAUGUAAUACAGCUGAUGCAGUACGUCAUCUAUGGCAUCGCCUCCUUCUUCUUCCUCUACGGAAUCAUCCUGCUGGCCGAGGGCUUCUACACCACCAGCGCUGUGAAGGAGCUGCACAGCGAGUUCAAGACCACCAUCUGCGGACGAUGUAUUAGUGGCAUGUUUGUGUUCCUGACCUACAUUCUGGGUAUCGCCUGGCUGGGUGUGUUUGGUUUCUCCGCCGUGCCCGUCUUCCUCUUCUACAACAUCUGGUCCACCUGCAAUGCCAUGAGGUCACCUGUGGCUAACCUCACCAACGUGGACACCAUCUGUGUCGACGUUCGUCAGUACGGUAUCAUCCCGUGGAACGCAUCGCCAGGCAAGGCUUGUGGAUCCACACUUGGAGACAUCUGUAAUACCAGUGAGUUCUACCUGUCCUACCACCUGUACAUCAUAGCAUGUGCUGGAGCCGGGGCCACCGUCAUUGCUCUGAUCCACUUCCUCAUGAUUCUCUCAGCAAACUGGGCCUACCUAAAGGAUGCCAGUCGCAUGCAUGCCUACCAAGACAUCAAACUGAAGGAAGAACAGGAGCUGCAUGACAUCACAUCUCGUUCAAAGGAAUGCCUCAAUUCCUACACAUAAGGAUUACGCCCUGGUCCGCCCUCACACACACACACACACACACACACACACACACACACACACACACACACACACACACACACACACACACACACACACACACACACACACACACACCAUCUCAGGCGGUCUGACCAAGAGAACCCAUAACCUGCCAGCCGCACUCAUUCAGCGCAGUGGUAAUGCGGCUCCUAACAAACUAAUGCAUCAAUGUCUCUUUCUACAACUAACUGAUCAAGACGUCUGUGUCAGAACCUCUGUUUUGUGUUUCGUGUGUGAAUAUACUUUUGUAUACUUUUCUUUUUCUAAUUUUCAUAGGAAUGUUUUUGUUGCGAUUUAUUAUUUUUAUUAUUUUUUAUUUUUUUCUAACCAGUGAUUGCUGGUGAACGUGAAACAAUGCACUAUUCUAAAACAUGAAGGAAAUAAAUAAUGUUUUAGAGUGUUCUGUUAUGAUUCUGGUCUGACUGUCGGCCAUUAUGAAUAAAGAAGAGCGGGAAGUUCUUGUCAGCGAGAAAAGAGAAUCCGUUUUUAAAAUUUAAAAAAAAAAAUCAAAGAUGCAGUUUUGAUUACACCUCAUAGCACAACAUGAAACACCUUACAACAUCACAGAUAUAUAUACAAGUGGUGCAAUGUGCUGUUGCUAAUUGCAAACAAGUUUGUUCCUCCUGGCUCUGAAUGGAGAGCAUAUGAAGAGGAGGAAUGUGAAGGCAAAACAACAUUCUAUUGUGCAACAGAACAUGUAUUUGUUGGCUUCUUUGACAAGGUGUUUACGUUACCCCUUUGCCCAUUUCAAACUGUUAGGGUUUAAAAAACUGUUCUCUUGCUAGUAGUUUGAGUUGAAGUAGGUAUGAUCAUUCUGAUUCUAGAAUUUCAUAAGUUACAUUCCAACUAAAAUGUUAAUAUUUUAAUUGAAACUGUAAUGAUGAUGUAAAAUCCUAAUUCCCUAAAAGAGGAACUACCUCAUGCCUACGCAGGUAUACUUACUGAACAUGCACAGGUAUUUUAGCUGAGAUAACCACGUGCCCAUGUAACUGUAAACAAACCCGUGGUGGUUUUUAAAAUUUUAUUUGAGUCCUUUUAGGAGGAAUCCUUUACAUUUUUAGUCCUUAAACUUUGAGUCCUUACACCAUUAGUCCUUACACCAUUAGUCCUUACAAUUUUAGUUUAUUUAUUUUUUAUUUAUUUUACCCUGGCAAGUGAAUGGUGCCAAUAAAAUUAUACAGUUAGACUGACCAAAAUAUGUCAUCUUAAUACAUGGCCAUUGUGUGAUUCCAUGGUUAAUAAUUAGUAUCGUUUUAGUUUUUCAAAUGUAGCAUUUUUAUAGACAGUCUACAUUUAAUUUAAAAUGUCUUGAUUAAUGUCUUUGUGAGAUGAAAAAUAAAGGUUAAAUUUGACUAUUAAACAUGAGGAUGGUUUGUUGCACAGAGGGGCUUGUAUGUCCAAAGUAUUGUUGGGAUGAAUAAAGGCUUCUUAUUGUAUAGUGUAUGAUCUUCCACAGUUCAUCCCAAAUUCCCAUGUGUGACUUGAAAUUCCCAUUUGCGAUUGGUCGAAUCUUUAUCCCUGUAACUACAAGAUACAACAGGCUUACAUUUUACUUGAUUGAGAGAAAACUAGUGUUCUGAAACUAAAUAUUCAUGUGCUUUGUUACCAUGGCAAACCUUGUGAUUUAGACAGUUUUUUUAUUUUUACCUUUAUUUAACUAGGCAAGUCAGUUAAGAACAAAUUCUUAUUUUCAA